GGGUUUUGGCGGGUUGUUCGUUACUCAAAGUGUUCGUUGCCUCGUUCCAAUUAUUUGGAGUUAUAAUAACCAAUUUCAUGUUAUUAAUUUCGGAUAUUCAUUCAAUGGUCUAAUUGUAAAUUGAAAAUGGAUCCGCAAGAACAAAACCCAGAAGUUAGUUUGUCCUGGGAAAUCCUUGAGAAUUUGAUGUCACGACAACAUGCUCAAGUAAACUAUCUGUUUAUGGACGAUCCUGAACCGGUAAAAGGGAACAAUGACAACAAAAAUUUACCAACAGUCUCUAUUAGUCUCAAUAGAAUGAAUGAGAAAUUUUUAAAUGGUACUUAUCGUGGUAUACGUGAAUUUGUUUGUGAUUUCCGUUUGAUGUUAUUAAAUUGUUAUCGUCACAAUGGAAUCUCUUCACGUAUUGGACGUUGUGCUGAGAAAUUAGAAUUGUUGUUGGAACAAAAACUUCAACUUUUAUCUCCUGAAAUUAGAGCUAAAGCAUCGAUACAAUCAACGCUUGGAUUUGGUACAGCUGAAGAUGAAUUACUGGAUUGCGGUGUAACUCGCCGUCGAAGUUCUGGACGUUUAUUCCUUUCUGGUGAUACACGUCAGUUAACACCAAUGCGCGCUAUCAUUGAAGAGUUGGAACAUGUUACACAUCCUGGUUCUGGUGGGGGUAUCGCAGCAUCAUUAAUUUCAAGUAGUAUAGAUUCAAAUAAUCCUAUACCAUCCAACCAACAACAAUCAGCUACUACUACUAAUAUUACUAAUAAUUUAAGUAUAGAUGAAAAUGUUGGUUUAAUUAUAGCUAGAUUAAGUUUGUGGGAGCGUAGACGACAUGAAGAAGAAUUGUUAGAUUCAUGGAAUGAAUGGUGGAUUCAGAAAAAUGGACCUAAAUUGCAAGAAAUUAUAUACAAUGUACCAGAAUUAUUAGAAGCAUAUCAAUUCUUGUGGCUAGCUGAUCCUUUUUUGGGUAUUAGUGAUUGUUUGACAAUUUAUAAUAAUAAUAACAAUCAUAAUCUCAUUGCCAAUUCAUUGAACAGUACAAAUCAUUCACGUAAUUUAUCAUUAUUCGACUUAGAAAUUGGACUAUGUUCAGUUCCACAAGCUAGUCUAGUUUUAAAUGUUUGUAUGUCUAAUCUAUUAGCUACGCCAAAAGAAAGAAAUCAAAUUGUCGCUGUAUUAAAUAAUAAUAAUAAUAAUAAUAAUAAUGGUAACAAUGUUAAUUGUAAUCUUAAUGUUGGAGCAGAUUCUAGCACAGAUUGUAUUUCUUCUUCAACAAGACGAUCUCGUAAUCUUCUAUCAAAUAUAUCUACAUUACCUGUAAUUGAUUAUGAUGUAUGGGAACGUCGAUUAUCUAGUCGUGUUGAUUCAUGGUAUCGUUCAUUUUGGGAAAAAGGCAAAGGUGUUAUUGAAUGGGCUACACGUCGUUUAGGUUUAUCAAAAGGAUUUUUUGAUGCAUGUGGCUAUAAGUUGAAUCCGUUAGCCAGUAAACGCUUUCAUGAAUUAUCAAUAUAUCAGCAAGUUGUAAUAAUCUGUGCACUGUGUGAAUCGACAAUGCGAACAUUUGAAAAUCUUCGUUUAUCUUUAGAUAAAUCAGCUGAUUGGGAAGCAUCAAAUCCAGUUUAUUUAGGUACUGAUUUCUUUUCAAAAUAUACUUAUAUUCAUUUACCUAAUUCAAUUGGAAUUGAUCCAGCCACUUCAUUAAGAAUCUAUCGAAUCUCUUAUAUAAAAUAUCAACCAGUUGAAAUGAAUUAUGAAAAAUCUUUCAAAAUGACAAUGAAUCAUAAUCAUCUUGAUAUGAAUAAUAAAACUGAAAUAUUAAAUGAUUUUCUAAAAUUCCAAAAUGAUACCGACUUAAAUCAAUCGUCUAAUUUGAAACGUCGUCGUAGUUGUACAAAAUCUAAACAACAAAUUCAAUUUUAUGAUGAAUUAAAUAAACAUAAUAAUUUUCUUCUAGAUAAUGGUUUAUCAAUUCCUGGUUCAGUUCAACGUUUACCUAAUUGGAUUCAUCCAUCAUUAGCACGUGAUGUAUAUCGUAGAUGGUAUCGUGUUACUGAACAUGUUGAUUCUAUUCCUAAUUCUUCUGCAAUUGAUUUAACUACUGAUCAAGAGUCUGAAGAAUAUGGGAAAGCAAAAAAGAGGCGCUUAUCAGAAAGAACUGUUAAUAAUACUAAUACUAGUACUACUACUAAUAAUAAUACUGUUGCAAAUAAAGCAAACACACCAAAUAAUAGAAAACGUAAACCCCCUUCUUACAAUGAUAGUAAUAAUAAUAAUAAUAAUAAUAAUAAUAAUAAUAAUACUGUUAAAGAGAAUGUACCAUUUGGAGAUUUUCAAGAUAUUGAUAAUCAAAUUAUUUCAGAGUUUAUUAAAAAUGAUCAUUGUUUAAAUCCAUCACCUUAUGCAUCAUUUAAUGGUCCAACACGUCAAUUUUUAUCUUUACAAUUAAGUCGUACUGCGGUUGGUGGCUUACGUUUUUGUUCAAAGUACAGUUCUCGUCGAAAUAAAAGUAUUGUACAUACAAAUGAUGACGAUGAUGAUGAUGACGAUACUGAGUCACAUUCAGCUGAUCAAAACCCAAAUGAUAUUCGUUCACCUUCAGUCAGCCACUAUGAAUCAGAUGAUGAAGUAGAAGAUGGUGAUAAUAUCAGUCGAACUGUUGGAACUACAGACAACGUUGCACAAGUAGAUGAAAAGUUAGUUUCUCGUGAUAAAUGUAUAGAUGAAUCUUUUAUUCCAAGACGUAGAUCAACUAGAUUAAGUGAGUUGUCCAAGAACACAACACCUGUAGAUUGUUCUAUUAACUCCAAUGGAACGUCUUCAUCGUUACCCGAAAAUCAAAAACAUGUAACUUCUGAUGAGAUGGUGACAGAACAAUCUGAACUUAAAUCUAAUCAAACAUUUUCCGAUAAACAAUUCACUCAUUCUGAUCAAUUAUGUAAUAAAAUUUCAAAUGAAGAUAAUUGUGAUGAGAAUUUAACAAAAGUUGAAGAAAAUCUUUCAACUGAACCAUCUUGUGAAUUAUUCACUUUAAUUGCCAAAGAUUCACAAGAAUUGAAUCAAUUAUUAUUAAUUCUACGACAAAUAUUAUAUACUAAUGAAGAGAAAUUAAACAAGAAACAAUGUAUUGAUGAAUUAGAUUUAAAUUCUGAUUGUGACAAUCCAAUACAAGAAGAUGAUGAUAAUGAUGAUAACAUUAUCAAUAAUCAAUCUGUUGUUAAGAAAAAACAAACAUUCCCGGAACAAAAUGACAAUCUUACAAAUCAGAAAACUGUACGGUUACGUAAUGCAAUUGGAUCAUUAAAAAGUCUUAUUGAAAAUUUAGAACAAUUAUAUAAAUCUGUAUUGAAUCGAGAAAAUGAACGUGUUGAUGCUCAACGAUUAGCUCGAUUACGAUUACGUAAAGAUGUUGAACAAUGGGAGGCGAAUGAAGCUGAAAAACAUAGAAAACAAUUGAAAAUGAAUCAGAAUAACAAAAUUAAUAAUCAGGAAUCUCGUCUAAAUCUUUUAGCAUCACUACGAACUGAUCCAUCAAAAGAUCGUGCUGAACGACAUUCAAGGCGUGAACAACUUCGUGCACAAGAUUUAACUAACGAUGAAGCAUAUGAAAGUGAAUAUGAUAGUGAAUCUAAUGAACAGAAUAUAAGCAGACAAUCGAACAAUUCACCCAAAUCAAUCACAGUUACAAUGAGUACUGAUACUAGAUCUAGUAGUGUGAAAAAUAUUAAUCAAAAUAGUUAUCAAGCUUUUGCAUCACGUAUCAGUGCAAGUGGAUCUCCGAAAAUACCUAUAUCACGUUUUAAUAGUCAAGAUUUAAUACCGAAAAUUCGUCGAUCUUUCAUGUUGGAUCCAAGUAAAAAUGUCUCCAUUUUGCCUAGACCAUCAGGAACACAGGGGAAACCAACUAGUCCUACAAGUUCGAAUAGUAAUAAGAAUAAUACUGGGAGUGAGAUAAAUCAUUCAUUUCCGCAUGUAUCACACUCAACAUUCCGAUCAAACACACAUCGCUCUCCUUCAAUUCUACGUACUGGUUUUCCUAAAACAUCACCAUCGGGUAUAAAUCAUUCAAAUGGGUUAUCUGUUCUUAAUCCAACUACUUCUCCAUUAUCGAAUAAGAGGAAGAUAUCCUCAAAUGUCUUAUUAUCACCGAAAUCACCUUCAUCAAUGACGACAACGAAUACUUCGAGUAAUACUACUACUGUUACUCCUCCUCCUACUAUUACUAUUACUAGUACGUCGCCAAAUAAGACAUCAACACUUGUCCGAAAAAUUUAUCGUGUAUGUAACACUUUAUUUACUGAAGAUGCAAGACCUGUGAAAAUUGGUCCUAAUGGUUCGUUAGUUCUUAUACCACCAGAUAGUGUACCAUUAAAUCAACGUCAAUUAGCAAGUCAAAUGAUAUCUCGUUAUCAUCAACACGUGAAUGCAAUUUCUGUAAAACCUAAUUCAAUAACUCAUCCUCCAACAAGUUCAUCGCCAUCAUCAUCAUCAUUAUCUGUUACUUCGAAUUCUUCGUCUCUUAGUAAUACAAUAACCACCACCACCACCACCACCACAACAACAACAACAACUUCUUCUUCUGCUACAACAAUAGCAGUUAUGACAUCCAAUGUAUCAAAAGAAUCAAAUUUCCCUUCAUCAUCGUUGACUAGUCCUGUUAAAUUAUAAAUAUUUAUUUAUUAUUAUUAUUAUUAUUGUUAUAUAUAAUUAUUUUAUUACUUGAGUUUUUGUAUACAUCUAACAAUUAUCAUUGAUUAAGUAAAUAUGACAUACUUACACAUAUUACCUUCAUGAGGAGCAUAAGCAUAAGCAGCUUCCCAUUAACAUUCUCCAUCUAAUUCUAUCUUGAAUGUAUCUUCAUGUAUAUUACAUAAUUACUGUCUAGUCAUCAUUGGUUAUUGUUCUAUUAUACUAAUUUUGUAUUAAACAUGAUCAUAAUAAUUGUAAUUAAUCAGUUUACAAUUUCAUUUCUAUCUAAUAUGGAUGUAAUGUUGUGUUGUUAAUUAAUCUUUCAUAAUGAAGAGAAAAAUAAAAACGAUUAUAUUCACUUUUCUUUCUUUUCUCCUUUUUUAACAGCUGUUUAUUGGCUUCCUUCUCUUUUCUUUUCUUUUCUUCUUUUCUCUUGUUAUAUCUAUCUAACUAGUCAAUUCUCUUCUCAACAAUUGUUCUUCUUUGUCACACACACACACACAAACAAACAAACAAACAAGCACACACACACACACACUCAAUUCUUUUUAUUGUUUAUGAUUGUAUUACCGGUUUAUCAAGUUAUGUGUUACCUUAGCUGUUUUGUUGUUGUUGUUGUUGUUGCUAGAUCGAUUGAUUGAUCUAUUCAAUUGUUUAUAUUUCAUGAAUGAUAAUUGUAUGCAUUUAUAUGAAUAGUUUAGUUGGUUUUGUUUUGUUUUUUUUUUGUAUAUAAGAAGAGUGAAAGAAAGAAAAAGGGUGAAACAUUCAAAUGGAUCUUAUUUAUUGUGUAAAAAAUAAUUCGUUUUGUUUUUCUUUCUCUGUGUGUGUGUGCGUGUGUACUUUGUCAUUUUUGUUUGCCUUCAAUUUGAAAUUUUUUUUUGUAUAAUUGUAAGUUUUGUUGCUAGACGAAAUAUGUUACUAUCAGUUGAUAUGUCAUAUUUGUUUUAUUUCUAUUCUAAUAGAAUUGAAUUCUUA